AUGGACAUGGACAUGUGCAGGCAACAUUUGAAAAAUAUCGUCGAAAAACUUUUGCUUUUUGAAAAAUCACCUAAAGAAGUGGAAGGAAAAAUAAUAAAAGAUUUUUUUAAGAUCGGAGAGCGAAUAUUUGUAGAACUAUAUUAUGUAGGCACUUGUAUAAAGUGGGACUACACUGUUAUUAAAAAACAAAAAGAAGUAUCUGAUGUAGUUAUUAAUGUAAUAAAGAACCAGGAGUGGCUUCAGACAUUUAUAAACAUUUACCCAAGUCUACGGAUUGACUUAGAUCUUAUUGGAUCUGCUGGUGAUAUAUGCAAAGUUCGAUCUGGAAUAGAAGUACUAUUAAAAGGCUUUAUAAAUAUCGAUGCACAAUUUAACAGGGUUCUAACAAACUUAGAACAAUUAGGAGAAGUAGACGAAUUCGAUAGAUGCUUAAAAAUUUGGAGAAAUACUGGGCAUCGACCAGAUUUCGAUUCUUGUGAUAAACAGUCUGCUGCUCCCAAAAACCACUGGUGGUGGUAU